UCCCGCCGCCGCAGCCAAUGUGUCGUGGGGGGCGGGGAUUGUUUACGUCUCGCGCCGGAGCGGAAAGUAGGUCACGGCUGGCCCGACGGAAAGCUGCGGUAGCGGCGGCGGAGCAGCUGCAGAUCCUCUCCACCAUGGCCAGACGCCCCAGGAGCAGCAGGGCAUGGCAUUUUGUCCUGAGUGCUGCCCGCCGAGAUGUGGAUGCCCGGGCUGUGGCUCUGGCAGGCACCACUAACUGGGGCUACGACUCUGAUGGGCAGCACAGUGACUCGGAUUCUGACCCUGAUUACUCGUCUCUUCCGCCGUCCAUCCCCAGUGCGGUGCCUGUGACUGGGGAGUCCUUCUGUGACUGUGCCGGCCAGAGCGAGGCCUUCUGUGGCAGCCUGCACACGGCACACCGUGGCAGGGACUGCCGCUGCGGGGAGGAGGACGAACAUUUCGACUGGGUCUGGGAUGAUCUGAACAAGUCCUCGGCCACCCUGCUGAGCUGUGACAACCGCAAGGUCAGCUUUCACAUGGAGUACAGCUGUGGCACUGCAGCCAUCCGGGGCACCAAGGAGCUAGGGGAGGGCCAGCACUUCUGGGAGAUCAAGAUGACCUCGCCUGUCUAUGGCACUGACAUGAUGGUGGGCAUCGGGACAUCAGAUGUGGACCUGGACAAGUACCACCAUACGUUCUGCAGCCUGCUGGGGAGGGACGAGGACAGCUGGGGUCUCUCCUACACGGGGCUCCUCCAUCACAAGGGCGACAAGAUGAGCUUCUCCUCGCGCUUUGGCCAGGGCUCCAUCAUUGGUGUGCAUCUGGACACCUGGCAUGGGACACUCACCUUCUUCAAGAACAGGAAGUGCAUAGGAGUGGCAGCCACCAAGCUGCAGAACAAGAAGUUCUACCCGAUGGUGUGUUCCACGGCAGCCAAGAGUAGCAUGAAGGUGAUCCGCUCGUGUGCCAGUAUCACCUCCCUGCAGUACCUGUGCUGCUACCGCCUGCGUCAGCUGCGGCCAGACUCGGGGGACAUGCUGGAGGACCUGCCCCUGCCGCCCGGCCUCAAGCAGGUGCUGCGCAACAAGCUGGGCUGGGUGCUGAGCAUGAACUGCAGCCACCACAAGACUCUGGCAGCCUCGCCCAAGGUGGCCUCAGCCAGUCCCAGCAGCCCUGAGCCCCAGCCCUGCCAGAGGAAGCGCUGCCGACGGACCUAACUCCCAUGGGAACUGCCUUCUGGGGUGGGACGGCCAUUAUCUGUGUCCCUUCUUUCCAGCCACACUCCAGGCAGCUGCAGAGGGAGGAGCUGGGUGAGCUCUGUCCAGGGCCAUCUCCUGUGGCCAGGACAGUCUCUGCAGGGGCUCCAAGCCACUCUGCGGCCUGUGCAGAUGAGAAGUGACAGCCCGGACCCUGCUCUCCAGAGAGGCUGCUGCCUGCCACACCGAGAGCCUCACUGGAGCCCAGCUGCCCAUUCCUGCCAGCCUUGGUCUUUUCCUCACUUGCUUUGCAUGUUGUCAGCUGCUGCUCCUGUCACAGAGACUUGAAUGAUUGUAAUAAACAGAGUUUAUGUCUAACACCCA